AUGCAGGCCGUGGGCUUGAAUGCCGUCGUCCUCCUGUUCAUGUCACGCAAGCCACAGGCCUCGGGCACCGCUGUGCCCCCCCUCAGCACCCUGGUUGGGCCCAGGAAGGUGGCUCCGGCUGGCAGAGAAGAGGAGCAGGGAGAGGAAGCAGAGGCAGACUCCAGUUCCCGUAGGGCUUUAGCCAAAUCCUUGCAGGCUGCAGAAGCCCUGCUACGCCGCUGCAUCCAGCCCAGCUUGAGGCGCCUGCUGCUCCUGCAACCCAGCGAAGAAGGCCUUGAAGGCAGGGAGGAGGAAGAGGAGGCGGCCUGGCCGGUGGGAGGCCUGGCCCAGGUGGAAUGCGGCUUCUUGAGGCUGAGCCGGGGCCUGUCUGUGCGGGAGGACCCCCACACCGAGACUUUCCAGGGCCACGUGCGGCCAGAGCCAGCCCAGGCUGCCUUCUCGUACCACGCCACGUGGAGCAGCACGGCCCGUCACUGUGCCACCCUGCACGCCCUGCUGCAGCAGCGCCACCACUUGCACCUGGCCCGCCACUACAGCCAGCGCCUCAAGGCUGCCUCCGACUUUGUCCAGCGCCUGAGGACUGCGGAGGGUUCCCUGCUGCUGGCCAGCAAGAGGCAGGAGGCCCGGUGGGGGCGCCAGCUGCGGGGGCUGUGCGAAGAGCUGCGCACCCACACCGCCCACUGGGAAGCGCUGCAGCGGCACAUGCGCAGUGACCCCUGGCUGCGGCCCCUGCUGCUCCAGAGGCAGGAGCCGGUGCUGCGCAUGAAGCAGGCCUUCUCCUUGCUGGCCCUGCAGGGCCUCUGUCUCCUGGAACACUGCCUGGAGGCCCUGCUGCGCCAGCUGGCCCACCCGCCCGGGCUGCCCCCAGCUGCCCUCUCCGAUUUCUUCCAGGGGCUGGACAUUUACAACCAGGUGGUGAGGGAGCAGCCCUGGCAGCACUGCUCGGUGGCGCUGUGGACGGAGCCAGGCUCCAGCUCCGAUCUGCAGGGAGAGCUGGGCCCCCCCGCUGCCUUUCCCGUGGAGAGGGUGCUGGGCCUUUUGGCAGCCGAGAGAGGCCAGCGGGCAGCCUGCAAGCUCAGCCAGCUCCUCCUGGGGCUGCAGGCAGAGGCCAGCGGAGCGGAGGGCAGCCCUGAGGCCUGGCUUCCGGAGGCGUCCCUGCAGGCGGGCGAGGGCGGCCCCAGCCUCUGUGCGGAGCUGCAGGCCCUGGGCCAGGCGGAGGAGGAGCACCUGCUACGGAUCCUGGGAGAGCUGGUGGCCUCCACGCGCAGCCUCUGGCAUCACCUCCUCAGUCGGCCCAAGCAAGAGCGGCCCCCCGAGGGUCCGGAGGCCUCUGACGCCACUCCCCUGCCCGCUUGGAAGGCCGUGCGCUGGCUGGACGCCUCCUACUCGGAAGCUGCCGGGGCGCUUUGGGCACAAUACCGGCCCCUCUUCUGGAGCACCACGGCCACUGCCCUGGCUCACCAGCUGGAGCUCCGUUCGCCCCCCACUCAGUCCCAAGCAAGGACAGCAGCCCUGAUGGGCCAGCAACUUGCCUGGCUGAUCCUGGCCUCUCUCUCCCUCUCUCUGCUUGCAGCCUGCCUUCCCCAAGAGAGCACCGAGGAGCUGAGGGGCUCCUUGCUACACCUGCUGGUGCGCGGGGUCCUCCAGCGCUGGGACCGAGAUUUCUGCCACGUGUUGGGCUCCAGCCUCACCGAUAAGUGCGUGGCCACGCCGUCUCAGACCACGGCUGUGGCAAGCAGCCACACGGCUCAGCUCCUCCAAAGCCUCUUCCCGCCCUUAGCCUCCUCCCUGCGGUGCCUGAACACCUGGUUCCCUGGGAGCCCCGCUGACCGCUUCCUGGGGCCUGCGGGCUGCCGCUCGGCUCUGCUGUCCCUCUCGGUGGCCGCCAGCCAGACUUCCUGCUACUGGGUCCUGAGCAAAGCCUCACAGCACUUGGCCUCCGGCUCCCUCAGCCAGUUCCUGCUGGUCACCCACGGAGACUUGCAGCUGCUGCAGGGAGAGGUGAGCAGGGUGGCGGCGCUGAGCAGUCCGGUCCCGCCCGGCAGGGGGAAGAAGCCCAGCCCCUUGGUCUCUCAGCAGGAGCAGGAGCUGAGCCAGCAAGUCAGUGUCAUGGACACCAGCCUGCAGCAUUUUGCAAAGGAUGCCCUGAGGCUCUUCUCCUCAGAGUGUAAGCGCAUGGCAGCGGAGAUCUUGGGGCAGACCAUGCCACUGGGCAAGCACUGGCGCCUCGCCCUCCAAGCAGAUGUGCCUUCCUCCCCCAGCGAGUAUGCCUCUGCUGCCGCCCAGGCAGUCUUGGGCCAGGUCCUACAAGGCAUCCAGCUGCUGCCCCACGAGGCACAGGAGCCGGUGCUCGGCCUGGUCACCACCGCCUUCUUGGAAGCCUGGAUGGAGCACAUUCUGGCCCAGAAGAUCAGGUUCAGCCUGCAGGGUGCCCUUCAGCUGAAGCGGGACUUUGAGCUGGUCAAGGAGUUGCUGCAGUGCGAGGAGGCCGGCCUCUCUGCAGAGGGCAGGCAGCGGGUGCUCUCCCUCCGCAUCUUCCAGCAGGCGGACAACGCCAUCGCCUGCCUCCUCCAGCAGCCCAGCAAGACCUCCCUACUGUGCCACCCCCGGGAAGCUCUCUGCCAGUGCUGCUCCUACAACGGCAUUCACACGCUGGGCAGCGGCCCAGGCAGCCUCAACAGCCUGGAGAGCCUGGAAGGACAGCCUGCCGGAGCUGCCGGGGGGAGCCAGGCGGGGGACCUGCUCAGCCGCGGGCAAGGAGGCGGCAGCAGCCCAGAGACCUACCUCAGCGCCCCCCAGCAGGAGUGGCUGGCACUGCGGCUGCACGGGGGCCGCCACCGCUGGAAAGUGCCUGGCCUGGCCUGCAUGUGCAGAACCACGGAGCCCUGAAGGGAGGGCUCUCUUGGAAAGCACAUCUCCAAGCCCCGCCCCCAUGCCUUUGCCAGGUGUGCUGCUGGUGGGCACUAGGGCCUGGGGGCCACCUCCCCUCCACCAGUCAGGCUUGUAGCAAGUGGGGCCUGCUGCAGGAUUCUCCUCCCCCCUUCCUCUGGCCAGGCCCUUCGGAGCCAUUGCUUCCCACUGGACUGGCUUUGGUGCUGCAGCAGGAGCAUCUGUGGCUGAAAGGGGCCUGUGUGCCUCAGCCUCCGGUCCACGACGGAGCUUCUUCCUGAUGUGUCCUGGACAAGGGGGGGGGGGGGUUGGCAUAGGUCUCCUCCCAGCACUUUAGCAAAGAAAAAAAAAUCCCUCUUUUCUGCAGCCACCAACGUCUAAUUUUGAAUAAACUUGGGAAAAUGCA